CAAAUUACAAAUGCCCAGAGGUAAACGUCGUCACGCCAUAGACAUGAGGCCCAGCGAAGAGGACCAACAGUCGACAAAAAGGCAACGAAAUAGUUAUCAAAGCUCUAGGCGUUACAGUAAAUCGGAAGACGCCUUCAGUCAGAAGCGAUGCCUUGCCUGGUUCCGGGAGUACACCACACCGGAUGAUACGGACACUUUAGGUCCGGAAGGAAUGGAAAAGUUUUGCGAAGACAUUGGAGUAGAACCUGAGAAUGUAGCAAUGCUUGUGCUGGCGUACAAGAUGGGUGCCAAGCAGAUGGGCUUCUUUACGCAGGGCGAAUGGCUGAAGGGUCUGACGGAUCUGCAGUGUGACACCGCCUCUAAGGUGCAGUGCAAGCUGGAGUAUCUAAGAAGCAUGCUAAAUGACCCGAACUCGUUCAAAAUCAUCUACAGAUAUGCGUAUGAUUUUGCAAGGGAUAAAGACCAGCGUAGUAUGGACAUUGACACGGCGAAAGCAAUGUUACAGCUACUACUCGGGAAACAUUGGCCACUAUACGCACAAUUUGCCCAAUUCUUAGAGCAGUCCAAGUACAAAGUGAUCAACAAGGAUCAGUGGUGUAAUAUUCUAGAGUUUUCCCGCACCAUCUCCAACGAUCUAACGAAUUACGACGUCGAUGGAGCUUGGCCCGUAAUGCUCGAUGAGUUUGUAGAAUGGUUAAGACAAUUAAGAGCCCAGUCAACGAUUAGCUGA